UGUGUGUCUCUAGUUCAUUUGCCAUUAUGUCUCUGAAAGUUUUGACCAACGUUUUCGCUGGAUGCUGGCUUCUGUGCAUGUUCUGUCUCACGACAGACGCAUUGUCGCUUUACAGUAAUUUAAAUGGGCCACUGAAACAUGCCUGCUGCGUCAAAUACACUCGCACACCAGUGAAUUUCAAUCAGAUCAAAGGUUUCGCGGAGCAGAGUUCCCGCGAGGUGUGCCGCAUCGACGCCAUCAUAUUCCUGACAAAGCGUAACCAGAAAGUGUGCGCAUCUGCAAAGGACGAGUGGGUGCGGAACAUCCUAGCACGUCUGAGCUCUAAAAUGAAAAAAAUGUCUCAGCAACCUCAUAACAAGGUCAACCAUACCCCAACUUGGAGUACCUCCACGGAUGUGUGAACACCUCUUCACGUGGCUAUGUCUUCUGUCUACAAGCUGCAGACUCUUUUUCCAAAUCUAAUGCAAAUAUAAUCAAUAAGCUGAUGUUUUCAAACGCUUAUAUCUAUAACAUGUUAACCUUUUUCAAGGUUUUUUUUAUGCUUCUAACCAGGUAUUGUUGUGUUUAAUUACAACAUUUGUAACAGGGAGUAGAAUUUCUACAACCAAAAAACAGCUACUUUGACAUUGUUCUCAACACGAUAUGUCAUCAAAUUCCAGAAUAAAAUGAAUAUCUGAGACAGUUAUUUUUGGUUAUGUACAAUAUAAUAAUGUGACAUAUACAGUAUAUUGCCCAUUAAUCCACUGACUGUAUCUUUCAUCAAAACCAAUGGCUUCACAUUAAAGAUUGAUUAAAGCGGA